GGUCAGCAUAUGACCUCUUUGUGAGAGAAGAACGCCAUAGCAGAUCGCGGCUCACUUUGUACUCGACUGUUUUAGGAAAUCCUGGUCUCAAAUCUUUUCAUUCAUGUUUCCACUGCCAUUUAGAGCUUUUUAAGGUCAUUGUGGCUACAAUUGGAGACAUUUGGACUCACUUCUGACCACUCAGAAGAGUCUUUGUUUUUCCCUCCAAAAUUCAACAUGCCGCUCCUCAGAAGGCAACCAUUCCACAAACAGAAACCUCCGCCCAAUUUGCGACCUGAUGAAGAGAUUUUCCACUGCAAACUCACAAAUGAAGUAUUCAGGGACUAUGAGGAGUUCUUCGAGCGCAUUAUCUUAUGCAACAGCUUGGUGUGGUCAUGCAGCAUCACUGGCCGAUCCGGGCUGACCUACCAGGAGGCCCUGGACAGCGAGGAGAAGGCAAGGAAAAACCUGUCAGCCUUUCCCAAGUACCUCCAGCGUCCUAUUCUCAUCCUUGCAAGUCUCACAUACAGAACCAGGCUCAUCGACCUCAACGAGGAUGUCUUCUCCUUUGCCAAGGACAGAUAUUUCAUUGGAGAAAUAGUUGACGUUAUGGUUGGAACUGUCAGGAAAAGUUGUCGUAUCUUGAAGGUGGGGUCACCAUCACUGCAAAACCAAGGAAAUGGAGACGUGAUCGUGAUUAACAUAGACAGUGACUCUGAUGAUGACCAAAGAGGUUCAUCAGGUACAGGCUCCCGACUUGGACCUCCCCCAGACAAAUAUGAGUACAUUGUCCAAGAACUAAAGCAAAGUAACUGCUUGACUGUGCCAGCUUCGGCAAUCAGUCGGAAACGGACCCUUUAUACUAGAGAGAAGAGUAAGCUGUUUCUGAAACAUCAUGCUGACUCCACUUCUGGUGUGUUUAGAGUUAAGGAAAAAGUUGUCAAAAGACUAAAUCUGCAAACAGCAAAGUUUGAAGACUUUUUCUCGGGGCCUCCACCAAUAUUUGAAAAAUCUGAGAUGAAGAAGAAGAUAUCCCCGAAACGCCCAGAGAAUCUCACUCUGUACGUGUUUCCCCCAGAGAUGAAGACACCAGAGCAGCUUGCACGGGAGCAGAUGCCGCACCUGACCCCGGAAGAGAGGGCUCAGUUAAAGGAGAAGAUGAAGCAGGACAAGAUGGCCGAGAAGAUUGCCAAGAAGGAGGAACUCAGAAAGCGACUGGAGGAAGAGAGAAUGAAAAAGAGGGAAGAGAAAGCAAAGGAACGUGAAAAGAUACGAGAAGAAAGGUUGAAGGAAAUUGAGAUUUUGAGGGAGAAGAAUAGGCCAAGAGAUGACAUGGAGUGUGAUGACUUGAAGGUUAUGCCAAACUUUAAACCAGUGCAGACAAGGGUGCCAUUGGAAUUAUUCGGGGAUGCCGUCAUGGUUUUGGAGUUCAUUCAUACUUUCAAGAGUCUUUUUGAUUUUAAGCAAUUCUUCCCUAAGGGGUUUUCUUGGGGGAUGCUGGAGUCGGCGCUGCUGGACCACGAUGUAGAUGGGCCCCUGUGUGACCUGGUCCAGAUGUUGUUGGUGACUGUCUUCACUCUACAGGAAGAGGAAGCAGAGGAGGUGGAUGAGCUUGACAAGGAAGACCAGGAAAUGACAAUGAAUGAGGAAGCCAUGGAGGAGGAUAUGACAGCCAAUCAGAUGAUCCUGGCUGCCACCAUGACUGCACAGAUACCCCAGAUGACUCAUGGUAUUCCCCUCAAGAAGAUGUUGUUGGACCAGUUCACUCUGACAGAGAUUUUGCGAAUACACUUGGCUUCAUCUGGAGCCCGUGCCAGCAUGAAGAAUGCCAGGUUCCGGUAUCAGCAGAGAGGAGGAUACAGCUCACUUGAUGAUGCAGGCUUCGAGUUGAAGAUGCAGGAUCCAGCUGUGAUCAAAGCUUUAGCCAUGCACAGUCUGUUUGAUCUUGUUCCAGGGGACAAGUUACGCAUACUCAACACCCUACUGCAGCAGAUUCUAUCAUACGCUGCUGCCCGGGACAUUGUAGAGGAGAGCUAUGAGAAGCUGCGUCUGAUGAAGUAUGACCUUAAACAGUUGCAGUGGGCAGAGCAGAGGAGGGAGAGAGAGGAUGCACAGGCCAAAUACCGUCAGCGUCAAGAAGAGAAACAGAGAGAACGAGAGCGAAAGAUUCAGAAGAUCCUUGAGAGAGAACAGCAGCUCAAGGCAGAGGAAUCUGGCAAUGGUCCUGUGAAUGGUGAUGUUAAUGAGCCAAAGAUGCUGAAGAACAAACUCUUAUUGUUGGAUGAAGACAGAAAUACACCCAGUCCAGACUUAGAUGAUGAUAAUCUCACAGAAGAAGAGAAGCAGAGGAGGAGGAAGAAAGAAGAAGAGGAGGAAGCAAAGAAAAAAGCAGAAUUUGCCAAGAAGGAAGAGGAAAUGGUCAGCAAGAUUAUGGAGUUACAACGGACGAAUGCCUUGUACCCAGUAGGCAGAGACCGAAUGUAUAGGCGAUACUGGGUGUUCCAUGCCCUACCAGGCUUGUUUGUGGAAGAUAAUGAAGUGAAUGUUGACCCAGAAGUGUUAGAUCCCUUUUCCACUUACCUUGAAAAACACAACUCAAUACCUCAUCUUACACUCAUGGAUGAAAAGAAUACAAGUAGUGAUAAGGAGAAUGACUCCAUGAAUACGUCUGUGGAUACAAGUGUAGCUGGGAAUGUUGUCCAGCCACCUAAAGAUCCUAGAGUGAAGGCUCUGAAGAAAGAUGAGGAGGUGAUUGUGAUUAGUGACUCAGACAGUGAAAGUCGAGCAGCGUCUAAAGAUGGAGAAAUGGAGGUUGAUGAAGCCCCAGUGCUUGAUGAUGAACCUCCCCCUGCUCUGGAAAGCCUUGCUGCUCAGCAGAUCUCGAACAGGAAGAAAACGAUGUGGUCCUUUUUAGAUAAUUCUGACCAACUUCAUGAACUUCUGGAUUGUUUAAACAUGAGAGGAUUCAGGGAAAGAGAAUUAAAGCAAUCGUUAUUUGAGAUUAAAAGUACAGUGGUGAAGUGUAUACGUCAGUGUCCUGUUGAGGACUUGAACCUGCCUCCAGAAGCUAUGGAAGAGGCCAGAGUCAAGGCUCUUGCUCUUACUCGGGGGAUCUCUGGCAAAAAGGCUGCUCGUGGCACAGUGCAAAAUGAUACAGCACAAGAAGCAAUAGAACUCAAUCUCAGAGACACAUUGUUAGACCUGGAAGACAGGAUCUAUGCGGGAAGUUUAGGAUACAUGAAAAUCAAGGACAGAGCAGCAUGGAGAGAUGCAAUAGAACAAGGCAGCUAUUUUUCCCAGAAUGAUGACCCAGUGUUUACCAGGCCAAAAAUAGAGGCAGUUGACCUCUCGCCAGAGUUAAUAGGUACGGAGGCGGUGGUGCGAGACCUUAGUCGGGCGUUACUGCAGGUUGCACGUGGCCUGGAACCAAAGUACCUGGGUGUUCCUUUAGGUGAGAGUGAUGAUGCAAAAAAGAAAAGAUUGAAAGCAGAGAAGGAAGCUGCAGAGAAGCGGGCCAAGAGGAAAGACAAGGCAGAGGUUGACAGUGAUGAUGAUGACAAGGAGGAUGUGAAGCAACAGAAGACAACCUAUGAGAGAUGGGAAGAGGCCUUGUUGUCAGUGAGCAGCCUGACCCAAGUGUUCCUUUUCCUCUCCACACUGGACAAGAGUAUCAUCUGGUCCAAGUCUGCGCUCCAUGCUCGCUGUCGGCUCUGUCGAAGGAAGGGAGAUGGGGACAAGAUGUUGCUGUGUGAUGGCUGUGAUAGAGGCCAUCACAUGUAUUGUCUGAAACCUCCUGUAGAGAAAGUACCAACAGGUGACUGGUACUGUCCAAACUGUAAACCAAAGGAAGUGAAGCGCAGUCCAAGGAAAGACCGCCGAAAGACCUUUGAAGAGGAAGACCAAGAAGUUGAGGAGGAAGAGAAAGAUGAGGAGGAGGAAGAUGAAGAAGAUUCUGAUGCAGAGAGUGAGGAAGAGGAGGAGGAAGAGGAGGAAGAAGAUGAGAAUGAGAACCUAUGUGUGAAGUGUAACAAGCCAGGCAUGUUGCUGUGUUGUGACAGCUGUCCAGGCUCAUACCACCUCACCUGCGCAGACCCACCCCUCAAGAAGGUCCCCCGGGGCAAGUGGUUGUGUCAGGUCUGUCUGGGUGUGGACAAGCCUGGUGGCAAGAUAAAGCUUGUGCACAAAAAGAAGAAUUCCAGUAGCAGUAAGAAAACAACUCCAGGCAGAGCUACCCCCAACUCUAGCCUCCCAAGCUCUCGUAGAGGCAGCCCCAGGGACAGCCCUGUCCCCACCAAACCCCGGCGUAGCCACCCUGUAUCUGAAGAGAAACCUAAGAUGCAGAAGAAAACAUCUACCUCAAGACUCUCUCAGGAUGCAUAUGCAGAUAUGGAUGGUUCUCCCAAACACUAUGUCAGCAGUUACCGUGGAAACAGUACAGUUCAACAGAUGAAACAUUUGGAAGACAUUGUGCAUGAUCUGGCCAAGAUGGAUGAUGCAUGGCCAUUCCUGAAACCUGUCAGCAAGAAAAUGGUCCCAGACUAUUAUGAUGUUAUAGACAAACCGAUGGAUUUCUCCACCAUCCGAAACCGGAUCAACAAGUUUGUCUACAAGAAACCUGCAGACCUGAUAGCUGAUGUUAGACAAAUAUUUUUCAACUGCAUCGAGUACAACAAUAGAAAAACACCAGAGUACAAGUGUGGCGCAGGGCUUAGUAAAUUAUUUGAAUCCAAAAUUCGGGACUUUGAAAUGGAGAAUGAUGAAAGCUCACCACCUCCAACCAAAAAGUCUAAGAAGUAACAAGACAAAAGACAAGGCAUCAGUUCCUAAGGGAGAGCUUUUUUUAAGUGCUGCAUUUGUUAUCUGUAGUUAUUCUGUUGUAGGAAAUAUUGUUCACACCUAAAUGAUAUAUUUUUCAUGACCUGUUCUAAUAAUGAUGGCAUCGAAGACUUUUGUAACUGUUUAUCUUGUACAUAUGUUUCCCUGUCUGCUGAAUGUACAUAACGGGGCUUGUCCUAAACACUAACUUUUCAAAUUCGUGUUAACUGCAUUCUGGUGAUGCAACGAUACCUUCUUUAUGAUUCCAUGUGUUUUUCAGUAUGUUUUGUACUUUACGCAGUGGUCCAAGGAUAUUGUGUGUUAUGUAUCUUGUCCUUAACCCAAUUGAUCACAAAAUUACGAUAAUUAUACUGUAGUUUUGUAACUUGCAGACAGACCUUUUAAUAAUCUGUGAACCACUUGGGAGGCUGGAAUUAAUUUCAGUUUGGGCCUGUAAAAACCCACAAUCCAUUAUUUUCAUAUAAUGCCCAGUCAACAAUUUACUUUGUUAACCCUAAGGAAAAAAUAUUUUACAUCAUUUAGGGAAUGGAUAUUUUUAUUAUUUAAAUCACCUCUCACCUAGAGACUUGAAUAUCAUAUAGUCCAUCCCAUAUUGUUUCCCUUCUUCAAAUUGUAAUGUGCACUUUAUGCAGCACGCACAACAGUCCUUAUAAGGAUACAUUCAAAUGUAAGUACAAUGAAACAAAAACUUUUUACACUUUCUGCUGAAGUCUUUGUGAACCUUCCACCUGACUUUAACAGCUCUCUAACUUUAAGUGAAUCUUGAUCCUGAAGUCUAAAUUGCCGUUUGGAGCCUAGAAAUAAUUAAUUAACUUAGUAAGCUUUUAAAACAGACAAAUUGUUACAGGAAAUUAUUCAGUUGAAACAUAUGUACAUAUGUACACACUACAGCUCAGAAUUGUACUUAAGUCACAUUUUUGCAGUACAGUAAAUCAUGUUUAUUUCGAACUUGCCAAUAGGAAUUAUAUUACGAAAUUUUUGAUUUGGUCCACGCCACAUGAUGUACAUUUUAGUCGAAAUGCAUAUAACAAUCUGUGUUUAUAACAAGCUAAUAUUAAAGGCCCUAUUCAGUACAUUAUAACCUCAGUUUACUGAAUGUUCACAGUUGACUAAGUAACUAUAACAUGAUUGUUAUACAAUGCCUAUUAAACAAGUGAAUGCAAAUGAAAUGGUGUCACUACUGUGAUUGCCUACAUUCCUGUAAAGCCCUGCUUGAUUAGAAACUAUGGGCUUAGUACGGUGUCCUAAUGGAUCAGAUAAUCAGUACACUUGCUGCACUAGUCACCAGAGGAGUGAACAUUCAGUGUACCAUGAUACUAGAUGAAACUCUACACAUACAGUAUCAAGAACUGUGGUGUGGCCAAAAAACAUACACAUGCAUUCCUAUCUCAGUAAUAGAAGAAGCGAGGUGGUGGGGUAGCCUAGUGGUUAAAGCGUUUGCUCGUCACGCCGAAGACCCGUGUUCGAUUCCCCACAUGGGUACAAUGUCUGAAGCCCAUUUCUGGUGUACCCUGCCGUGAUAUUGCUGGAAUAAUGCUAAAAGCGACGUACAACUAAACUCACACUCAAUUAUAGAAGAGUUUGGGUGUACACCGUGUUUCUGAUGGUAUUUCUAUCUGCAGGGCAUGUGAGACACUAACAAACGAAAA